UAGUAUUUCUUAAAAUAAGCAUAUUUUAAAUACGUGUGAUAUUGCAAUGGCGUCACAAAGUAUAUAUUAAAUAUUUGCGUACUAUGUUCAGCAUUUUUGUCUAUCUGGGAAGGAGCAGGAUCUGAUCGAGAGGAUUUUAUGCGCGAUUGUCGGUUCUCAGCACGCAUGUCUAGGACCUCGCCCAUAAUAAUGGAUAUGCAGAUGAAUGACCGGCAAGUGGGACACUCGAAAAGUCGGAAGUGUCUCAAGGCUUGAUCGCGAUGCCCGCCACCAAGAAAUGACCUCCGGCCCUCCACAGAUAUCCAGAAACGCUGAAGUUUCUUCAGAGGAGGGCCCGCUGGCUUCGACAGUACCGGGCAAGUUUCUCUUGAUUUGUUGAGUGAAUUAUACGUUACUGCAUCGAUCUAUCGGAUAAAUCAUUUGCAACGAUCGAGCAGACUGACGGAGAGAAAGAGAGAGAAAGAGAGAGAGGGGGGAGGGAGAGAGAGGGAAAACGACGGAGCAAAAGGAAGGGGCGCGGCGUAUAAGUAUCGGUGCUGUAGGUGAGAUUAGGAUUUUAACGGUGCGUGGUUUGGACGAGACACAGCGAAAUGACGAUCGGCAUCGGCAAGAAGGACGACGACGUCGAAUCUGGCGGCAAAGCGACGCGGAAAACGUCGGCCGUUGCGGAGUACUCGGCCGGAAGCAGCAGUAACCUUGGAAUCAGGCAUCUACAGAUACUGUUGAUCUUCUUGGGCAUGACUCUUGGCUACAGCCAAAGAGUCGGGAUGUCGGUGGCUAUUGUGCCAAUGAUAAAUGCGAGCACCGCGAAUCCAGAUUUCGAGGACUUUGGUUGGGACAAGAACGAGAAGGCGCUGGCACUCAGUUCGUUUUUCUGGGGCUACGCAGUGGCGCAAGUGCCAAGCGGCUACAUCGCCAAUAUCUGGAGCGCUCAGAUGCUCCUGAGUAUCGGGAUGCUGUUGUGCGGUAUCUUCAACGUUAUCACGCCAUUCGUCGCUCAUCAGUGGAACUUGGUGGCCGUCUGUGUUUGCAGGGUAGGCAUGGGUCUCACUCAGGGUUGCCUAUUACCUUGCAUUCACACCCUCCUCUCCAAGUGGGCGCCGCCUUCUGAGAGAGCACGACUGGGAACGUUCGCUUACGCGGGUGCCCAAUUUGGCACGGUGAUCGCUCUGCCGAUUUCCGGCGCUCUUGCCGCGUCCGUCACGGGUUGGCCGAGCAUCUUCUACCUGUUCGGCGCGUUAUCGAUCCUCUGGAGCGUAUGUUUCUCUUUCCUUGGGGCGGACUCGCCGGCCAAGCAUCGCAGCAUCUCCCAAAAAGAAAGAGAGUACGUAGAAGAAAGCCUGAGGAUCAUCGCAAAAAAAGAGAACAAUAAAGCUAAAGAGAAAAUACCGUGGCGGGAGAUCUUCACCUCGUGGCCUAUGUGGGCCAUCAUCCUCGCCCACUGUGGCCAAAAUUGGGGCUACUGGACUCUACUGACCGAGAUGCCCAGUUACAUGAAAAAGGUGUUGAACUUCAAUAUCGAGGGGAGCGGUGGAUUUUCCGCCUUACCGUACUUAGCGAUGUGGCUGCUCAGUUUCCCCGCAAGUUGGUUAUCCGACUUCGCCUUGGAGAAGGGCGCGUCCCGAGCCUUGGUCAGGAAGAUAUCCAACACGAUAGCGUUUUGGGGCCCGGCCAUUGCCCUGGCCUGUAUGUCGAUCGUGCCCAAAAACGAUUCCACCAGCGCUCUCGUUCUCCUCAUCGUCGCAGUAGGCCUGAAUGCCGGUUCGCUCUGCGGCUUUCAAGUUAACCAUAUCGAUCUCAGCCCGAACUACGCCGGCACCAUGAUAUCCAUCACCAACUGCUUGGCUUCCGUGAUCGCCAUAAUUGUGCCGUUGAUCUGUGACCAGGUCAUCAUCAACGAUGAGACCAACGUGUACCAGUGGAAUAAUGUGUUCUACGUAUCGGCGGUGAUCUAUUUUUUGGGUAAUCUGGCGUUUGUGAUCUUUGGUAAAGGUGAGGUGCAAUGGUGGAAUGAUCCUGAAGAGGUUAAGGCACGGCGGCAGAUACAGACGAGAAGAGAAGAUGUGGCCGAGACGCAGACUUGAGAAACUUUUGUAUUGUGAUAUACUGAUUUUAAUGUUAUAAAACGAAUUUCCCACGGCACCGGAAUCUGGAUAAAGACUACGAGGCUGUUGCUGUAUUUAUUGUCGCUUUCGAUACGGCGACCGUAUACAUAUAUAACGUUGCUCUGUGUAAUAAUCUUCCAGUUUUACAUUAGCCGGUGUUACGUGUUGCUUGCCGUUUAUUCCUUUCGUUCGUUCGUCAACGCCGUCAUAAUCGUUAGCUUGACCUUUGAGCAAUGCAGACUUUUUAAUCGUUGUCUGCAUUAAGAAUGGACUUUUAUGUUCUAUCUAGGCCGGUUUUAUAUAUACUGCCAUAUGCGUUUAAUGUAUACGCGAUAUAUCGAAGGUCGCACAUAUAUUUAUGCCUUUAGACAUACUAAGCGAUAUGUAAUCGAGGAAAGAACGAUUGGAAAAAAGAGACUGCUCCUCGAGUGCCGAUGGUGAUGUAUUUUUCGAAAAAUUAGUCGUGAGAAAAAUGUGUGUGUUUCAGCACGCAUUCGAUGCAUAACUGAAAUGUGUAUGUAUAUGUAUGUAUGUGUGAGUGAGUGUUCUAUAAUACGUCUCACUUAUUGAGUGUUCUUUGACGAACUUUCACUACACAUAGGCGCGAAUGAAACUUGAUGUUUUUUUAAUGUUACGUUGAUAAAUAAUUUAAUGGAUUGACAAAUUAUUUAAGGUUGAUAUUUAAAAUUGAUAAAUCAUUCUCAAUCAGUUUACAAUUUUAUUUUCCUUACUGAUAUCUUCUCAAAUCUUUCCUUAUCUCUUAAUGAUUAAAGGAAUAAAGUUGAGAUAAAAGUGAACUGAUUACAUGAUUACAUGAUAGUGUUCACUAUUGUGUUAUAGAGAAUAUAAUAAUAUAGAAGGAAUUGAAUUGAUUUCUUUCUUUAUAGUGAGAAAAACGAAAACUUCUGUGAAGGAAAACCUCCUAUAAGAAAAUAUUCGCUACACUUUUCUCGAUAUUUAACUUUCUCUCUCUUUUCUCUCUUACCGUAUCACUUCGCGUCAUUUGCCCCUUUAACUACAAGCAUGUCUUUCUGGGAGUGAACCUUCUGGGAGUGAAUAUAUAGAUAUAAUGAUAAUAUACUACAGACACUUUCACCUCGAUAAAGCUAAUCACUUCAGUUACUCUUUAUCUGAUAGAAUGCAAACAUUGGUUACUGUAUUUGAAUCGUACUUGGCACUAAAUGCAUUAUCUUAGUAGGACAAAAGAAUAUCCUGAUUACUGUGAUGCUACGGAUUCCGAUCAUUAUGAAUCAUAAAAUCGAGCGAACAAAAGAACGUGACGUGUGACGCAACGUCGUCUAUUCGAAUUUAAGAUAGUUCGUGCAGUGUUACCUAUUUCUUAGGAAUUAGCUCGUGCAAGAUAGCUCGUGCAGUGUUACCUAUUUCUUAGGAAUUUGUGGUAACUUAAACUUGGACUACGUAUCAAUUGAAAUAUUAUUUAACUGUGUACGUAAUUAGAAAAAGAUCGACCGUUCGAAAAUUGAGACAUUUAAAACAUUCUAAUGAAAAAUUGCUAUAAUAUUAAAGACAACAUGUGGACAAUAUACAAAAAGAAUCAGCAAUAUUGAUCACUUAGUUUUGAAAAUAGUCGCAAAAAUUUAUAAUUUAUAGUAAUACUCCGGAUAAGAAAACAAAAACAGAUAAGGCUUUAAUGUAAAUAAGUUGGAGAAAGGAGCACACUUGACAGAUUAUUGAGAUAAAUGUAGAAUUUUCGUCUGUGUGAGCGCAUAAUAGUGACAAUUUCAACUAAAAGUAUGCACCAGUAAAAGAAAGAAAAUCAAUUCAUUCAACGAUCUUCUUAAAUAUAAUUGAAC